CAAUAAGCAGAUGAAUGACUUUAGUAUCGCACGCUUCGUCUUUCUAUUUAAAGUAGUGUGCUAGUAUAAUAUUCAAACUCAGCCUAGAUUUAUUAUUUAGACCGUCAAUCGACAGCUUCCGGUCCGCGAAGCCCCGCCCACUCCACCACGUGUUCGCUCUGUUUAUGGACGCGGUGAGAAACGCAUGCAGGAUUUAUUUUUCUACCUUCGCAAAAAUCAGAAUGACCAACUUCAGAUUCAUAGAUAUUGGCAUUAAUCUGACAGACCCGAUGUUCAGAGGAGUUUACAGAGGAACUCAGAAACACGAAGAUGAUUUUCCUCAGGUCGUGGAGAGAGCGCUGAAGGUCGGCGUGCAGAAGUUCAUCAUCACCGGAGGAAACCUGGAGGACAGCAGAGCCGCGCUCAGACUCGCACAGACCCGAGAGGAGUUCUUCAGUACGGUGGGCUGUCACCCGACGCGCUGCGCUGAGUUUGAUCAGCAGGACUCAGAUCAGUACCUGACCUCUCUCACGGAUCUGAGCCUCGGUGACAGACAGAAGGUGAUCGCUGUGGGAGAGUGUGGCCUCGAUUUCGACAGGCUGGAGUUUUGUCCGAAGGAGACGCAGCUGAAGUACUUCGAGCGGCAGUUUGAUCUGGCAGAAGAGACUCGCUUACCCAUGUUCCUCCACUGCAGGAACUCACACACAGACUUCCUGGACAUCAUGAAGAGGAAUAGAGAUCGGUGUGUCGGUGGAGUGGUUCACUCGUUUGACGGCUCUCAGCGGGAAGCAGCGGCUCUGCUUGAUCUGGAUCUGUACAUCGGUAUCAACGGCUGCUCCUUGAAGACAGCAGAGAAUCUGGAGGUGAUGAAGUCUAUCCCGACCGACAGACUGAUGAUCGAAACAGAUGCUCCGUGGUGCAGCAUUAAAAACACUCACGCCGGAGCCAAACUCAUCAAAACCAGCUUCCCCACCAAGAAGAAGUGGGAGUCAGGACACUGUGUGAAGGACAGGAACGAGCCGUGCCACAUCAUGUGCUGGAGGUGAUGGCCGCCGUCAGGGAAGAAGAUCCACUGGACCUCGCUGAAACCAUCUACAACAACACCACGAGACUGUUCUUCAAACACACUUCAUGAGAUCAACUACAUACGUACCAUACAACACAUGCACAAUAAAUGUGACAAGAAACAUGUAA